AUACUGCGCUGUUCCUAUUGGGCGCGGGAGAGGACCUGCGUAUCUCAAGUGACGUCAACGCGCACAUAUUCCGACCUGUCCUUGAAACCACAACACAGGCAGGAUGGUCGCGUACUGGAGACAGGCUGGCCUAAGCUACAUCCGCUUCUCCGCUAUCUGCGCUAACGCGGUGCGCGCUGCGCUGAAGCCGCAGUUCAAGACCGAGGCAGUGAAGGCCGCUGAAGCCAACGUCAGAGUCCUCAAACCCAUUCUCAAACCAGGGGCAUAGCGAUGUGAGACCAUGAUGUAGAUAGUUUUUUCCUGGAGUUGGGAGGUCCUGUCACUGUCCUGUCCUGCACACCAUGGAGAAGGCAAAAAAAAGAUGGAUGACAUCAAGAUGACCUGUUAAACUAGGGACCCAAAUGAAAUUGCUUUUUUUCCCCUUUCAUUUGCAAUUAAAAUUGUAUUAAAGAUGGAUAACAGAAAAACA